AUGCCAAAUCAGAAAAUGUUAGGUUAUACACAUGUAAUAUUUCCGCAUCUGGUCGUUUCCAAUGAUCCAGCAUAUUUUCCUGAACCAAAACGAUUUAUGCCCGAACGUUGGAUGAAACAAUUUGCACCAUCCACAGAAUGUCCGUAUGCAGGACAAAAAAUUCAUCCUUUCGUGAGUCUGCCUUUUGGUUUUGGACGGCGUAUGUGUGUGGGACGUCGAUUUGCUGAAAUUGAAUUAAAUACGCUGCUCGCCAAGAUAUUUCGGAAAUAUAAAGUGGAAUACAAUUCCGGUGAAUUAGUAUACAAAGUCAACUCAACCUACAUACCAGAAUCACCACUAAAUUUUAAAUUGACACUCAGGCAGGAAUAAGCAAAUAAAAGCAUAUUGCAAUAAUAUAUAUUGUACGAAUGACAUUAGUUAUUAUAAGGUAUUUUGUAUUUUAGCACUUUUAUUUUAUUAUAUUUAUAUAUGAUUGAACGGUAACUAAUGAUUUUAAGACGGUAACUAAUGCAUAGAUAUAAGAUUA